GCUGGUUAGCUAUCUGGAUAAAGGGGGGAGCGGACUUCCGUGGCUCCAUUCAAAUUCUUCUUGUUUGCCCCAAGCACCAGGUUACUUCUGCCUUGCAAUCCUAGAUUGUUCUCCUCCCUCUUCCGUAGGGGGUGGAAGAAAAUGGAGUGAGGAGGGGAAAAGGAAAGGGGAAAACAAAUCAAUGAAAGCAUCUUACUAAGAUGUAUCUAGUACGCGCUGGCUCUCUCUCCUCUCACUUCUCUGCCUUGCUCUUGGUUCACUCGGUUUGUCUUUCCUCUUUUCUUUAAUCUUUCUUUUAUUCUCACCCUCACCCAACCCACAUUUCCAUAUCAAACCUGGGAUCAUACUUGCAGCUGCUAUAAAAAGGCCGUCAAAGAGCAGCAUUCUUAAAGGCGAUACUCCAGCCAACGAGGGGACGGCGUCGUGUUUUUUUUUUUAACGGACACGCGGCACAAGAACACCCCUCCACCUCCUCUUCCCCAACCGGGAGAUCUUUCCUGAAGUUUACCCUUUUCUGCCCUCCCCACCCGCCGCUUUUCUUCUCCUGCCAGCUUGCCCGGGCCAUCCGUCACCAUUUCCACCACGGGGAGGCAACGCGCCCAGCCCCUUCAGCGGCUGAGCAUUGGCCGGAAAACUUUGGUCGCCGGGGCCAUCGGCGUGGUGAUGAUCUUAAUCCUGGUGAUCCUCAUUCCGGUGCUGGUGAGUUCCGUGGGCAUCGACGGACACUACGAGAUGCUGGGCACCUGCCGCAUGGUCUGCGACCCCUACCUGGGCAAGACCACCACCACAACCAGUGCCAGCAGCAUCCGGAGCGAGGGCGCCGAAAACCUCAGUAGCGAUCACAGCGGACUGCCCCCGCCAUCCACCCUCGUCCAGGGGCCCCAGGGCAAGCCGGGACGGCCGGGCAAGCCUGGCCCGCCGGGUCCCCCGGGCGAGCCGGGUCCCCCGGGGCCCCGGGGUCCCCCGGGCGAGAGAGGAGAUCCUGGGAAAACCGGUCCGCCUGGUCUGCCCGGUUCGGGGCUGAGCACAGGGGCCAUCAGCGCAGCCACCUACACCAUGGUGCCCCGCGUGGCCUUUUACGCCGGCCUCAAGAACCCGCACGAGGGCUACGAGAUACUCAAGUUCGACGACGUCGUAACCAACUUGGGAAACAACUAUGAUGCUGCCACGGGCAAGUUCACCUGCAACAUCCCGGGCACCUAUUUCUUCACCUACCACGUCCUGAUGCGCGGCGGCGACGGGACCAGCAUGUGGGCAGACCUAUGCAAGAACGGGCAGGUGCGGGCCAGUGCCAUUGCACAGGAUGCUGAUCAAAACUACGACUAUGCUAGCAACAGUGUUAUCCUGCACCUGGAUGCCGGGGAUGAAGUUUUCAUCAAGCUUGAUGGAGGCAAAGCCCACGGAGGAAACAACAACAAAUACAGUACCUUUUCAGGUUUCAUAAUCUACUCAGACUGAGGCUGGAAAGAAGCUUACUGACUCCCAGCCCCCUGGA